AUGAUUCAUAUUGUGAAAUUCUCAUCGAUCGCUUCUCGCGCUUUGGACAAUCACACCGUCGUGUUAUGCAUCCAAGUAAUGGCGUCGCAUAAAGUCUUGGAAUUUGGAGACGAUGGCUACCAUUUGCCUGCAAAGGCACGAGCUUCGAGAUCAGUUCGGAAGAGGCGCAUCUACGAGAAGAAAGUGUCAGGAGAUGAGAAAAUGUGCGCGAUCGAGCUAUUGGCCACCGUAGCUGGAAGCUUGCUGCUCGAGGGCGAAAGCUCGGGUGUAUCUGUACAGAAUACUGUAAAGAAGGAGACUCCGGCUGAAGAAAACACCGUGAAGUUAUCUGAGGAUGUUGAUGUUCGGUGUGGAUUCAGCUCUGUGAUAACAGAUCCUUGUAAGAAAGUAGAGAAUGUGGUGAAAGGUGAUGAUAGUGAUUCUUGUGAAGUUGAGAACUUGAGUCAGGAGCUUAAGCUUGGUGUGAAUGGUGGUGACGCAAGACCUGAUGUUGUAGUUAGUAUAGGUAGUAACAUUAGUACCGAGGUGGGAGCAUGUGGGAUCGAUGAUGGUCUCCAUGGAUCUCGGGAUGAUGUAAAUUUAUUUAGUAGAGAUAAUGAUGAUGAUGAUGAAAACUUCACCGGGUAUAUUCGCCCUCGUGUGACUAGGACUGUGCCUCGUAUUGGAGACAGAAGAAUCAGGAAGAUAUUGGCAUCUAAACAUUGGAAAGGAGGCUCCAAGAACAAUGCAGAUGCAAAACCAUGGUAUUGCUCUAAGAGGAGUUAUUACUUGCAUCAGCAUCAGAGGAAUUAUCCCAUCAAGAAAAGGAGAUACUUUGACAGUAUUUCUGAUUCGAAUUCUGAUGAUUACCGUUUGAAAGCAAAGACAUAUAAAGUGAGGCUGCGGAUCAAAUCUUUUAGGGUGCCUGAGCUUUUCGUAGAGAUUCCAGAAACUGCUACUGUUGGCUCCUUGAAGCGGAUGGUGAUGGAAGCAGUGACCACCAUACUCGGUGAUGGACUCCGAGUAGGGCUGAUGGUUCAAGGGAAGAAAGUACGAGACGAUAGCAAAACCCUUCUUCAGACUGGGAUCUCUGAGGAGAACACUCACUUGGACUCUCUUGGUUUCAGCCUUGAGCCCUGCUUAGAAACUACGUCUCAACCAUUGUUAUCCAGUUACCUCUCAGAGCAUGCCUGUGAUGAUUUGACGUUAUGCCAAGACAGUAUGUUGAACUCUAAUCAUGACACAGCACCAUCCCAAGCAGAUGAUUCUAGAGCUUUGGUUCCCAUUGGAUUGUUAGAACCUCAGUCUCCUAACCGUAAAUUUAAAAGGACUGAGCAGCAGCAGCAUGCUGCACAUCGCAGAAUUCGUCGACCUUUCUCAGUUACUGAAGUAGAAGCACUUGUCCAAGCUGUUGAGAACCUCGGAACCGGAAGGUGGAGAGACGUUAAGGUUCGUGCCUUUGAGGACGCAGAGCACCGUACCUAUGUAGAUCUCAAGGAUAAAUGGAAGACGCUGGUCCACACGGCGAGGAUAUCGCCACAGCAGCGGAGAGGAGAGCCUGUGCCGCAGGUUCUUCUGGACCGUGUUCUGAAGGCACACGCGUACUGGUCACAACACCAAAUGUAUCAACUGCAGAGCGAACCACCACGGUUUCAGCAGGCAGAGGCUCUAAUCUAA